AUGCUACACAGUGCUAGUCUUUUCCUUGUUACGCUCCUUGCGGCAUUGCCUGUCAAUGCCGAUGGACUAUACACCAAGAAUUCGCCAGUGAUUCAGUUGAAUCCCAAAACCUACAAAUCGCUUAUUGCGAACUCGAAUCACACCUCGAUCGUCGAAUUCUACGCCCCCUGGUGCGGCCACUGCAAGAACCUCAAGCCUGCCUACGAAAAAGCCGCGACUAAUCUCGACGGACUCGCGAAAGUCGCUGCAAUCAACUGCGACGAUGACGAAAACAAACCCUUCUGCGGACAGAUGGGCGUCCAAGGCUUCCCGACCCUGAAGAUCGUGACACCUUCCAAAAAGCCCGGAAAGCCCCGUGUCGAGGACUACCAAGGCGCGCGUACCGCCAAAGGCAUCGUCGACGCAGUCGUCGACCACAUCCCCAACCACGUGAAGCGCGCAACAGACAAGGACCUGGACAAGUGGCUCGGACAAAACGAGGACCGACCCAAGGCCAUCCUCUUUACCGAGAAGGGCACAACCGGCGCGCUGAUCCGCGCCCUAGCAAUCGACUUCCUCGGCGCAAUUGACAUUGCCCAAGUCCGGAACAAAGAAUCCGCCUCCGUGAACAAGUACGGCAUAACCGAGUUCCCAUCACUCGUCCUCAUCCCCAGCGCCGACGCCGGGCAUAAACUCUACACCGGGGAGCUGAAGAAGAAGCCAAUCACCGAGUUCCUGAGCCAAGCUGCCACACCCAACCCAGACGCGUCCGGCUCCGCCUCAGACAAGCCUAAGCCGAAACAAAAGUCAAAGUCCAAGCCCGCUUCUAAGCCCACCUCCGUCGCCGACGACGAAGACAUCAAGCCAACCGCCUCCCAGGACCAGGACACAACAGACCCCUCUGUCAAGCCUGCUCAGGUCCCCCUCCCCGCAAUCCCAAACCUCCCCACCCGCGAAUCCCUCGAAUCAGCUUGUCUCGCACCAAAGUCCGGCACCUGUGUGCUAGUCAUUCUUCCUGAGACGAGCGAGCCCGAGGCCGCCCUCCCAGCAUCUGCUACCGAGGCGCUCGCGAGCUUCGCGGAGAUCAGCCACAAGCACGUCCUGCGCGGAACCCAUCUCUUCCCGCUUUAUGCUGUCCCUGCUAUCAACGACGCGUCCAAGACUCUGCGUGAGGCAUUGGCAUUGGGUGAUGGCCAGACGGUGGAGAUUAUCGCGUUGAAUGCGCGUCGCGGCUGGUGGCGUCGGUUCAGCGCCGGUGCGGACUUUGGGGCUAUUGCUGUUGAGUCUUGGAUCGAUGCGAUUCGGUUGGGUGAGGGUGCUAAGGAGAAGUUGCCUGAGGGUAUUGUUGUCAGUGUUGAGGCUGAGACUGAACCCGAGGCUGAAGUCAAGACUGAGGCGGAAGCUGAGGUUGAACCUGAAGCUGAGACUGUCGAGGCUGAGACUAAGGCCGAGGAACAGGCCGUGGAGCAUGAUGAGCUAUGA